GUUUCAACAGACCAAUAAUUCUCUCUCUUUCUCUUUCUCUGUCUCUGUCUCUGUGAUUGUGUGUAUUUCCCCCCGUCCUUCCUUUUUCUCCGGCCAACCAAACAUCCAUAGUUAAAUCAAACAAACAAACAGACAAAACUCUAGUCUGUUCCCACAUUACUCAUUCAUUCAGGUUUUGACUUUUUUCACAGACGGACAAAGAGAGAGAGAGAGAGAGAGAGAGAGAGAGAGAAAGCUGUAUGUAACUCAGGUUCUCCAACAUAAAGUUUGGACUUUUGUUAGAUAAGGAGAGGGACAAGGCCUCAAAACGAAAAGGGUUUCUCGGCUUAUGGUGUUUGGCGUGGAGGAAAAGGACUUUCCGGGAAAUUGAAUGAUAGGAAAAAAAGAAAAAAGAAAAGACAAGGGGUAAAUGCACAGAGGUGAGAUUUUUUGAACUGUUGGAUUUUUGGAGGUAGUGAGAGUUCGUGGAUAUUGUAUGUUCUGAAAGUGAGAAACAGAAAGGGCUUGCUUACAUGUCCCAUAUAGCUAGCGCUGGUCAUAAAGGAUCACUUCAGUUUCUUGCACCUACCAGAAUUGUUGUAAGCUUCUAAUAUCAAACACAGUUACUCUGGAAAUUUCUCUCCUCUCCCAGUUCAUGUAAACCAUGAAACUUGUAUUCACUGGCAUUCCACAUAUUAAUGUACUUGCAGAUAGUGAACCAGUGUUUUGCCAUUCGACUCUUGGUCAUAAGCCUGAUUCUAAGCCUUUUGAAUACAAUGACAAUGCUAUACACACUGCUAUGAAGUCAGGAAACCUGAUAAUGAAGGAAAAUCAAAAGAGGCUCUCAUGUGACUUAAAGGGCACUGAGAGGGGUACUGGAGGAUUACCAUAUGACUUAGAUGACAGAGAUGGUUGGACUGCAACAAACUUUGAUUGCUCCCUGAGCAUGGAUGAUUUAAAAAUUGAAAACCAAGACAAGGUCAGAGAUUUUGUUGCAUCACCUAUUCAUUCUUCCAGAGAAACAGGACCAUUUGACAAGGACUCGGAUGUUGUUAUGGACAAAAGCAUUAUGGAAUGUGAACUGCCAGAGUUGACAGUUUGCUACAAAGAGAGUACUUACCAUGUCGUGAAAGACAUCUGCAUUGAUGAAGGAGUGCCUUCCCAGGAGAAGAUCCUGUUUGAGAGUGGUACAGAUGAGAAAACUCUUUGCAUCUUUCUGCCUGCUGAGAAGGAUAAAAACAAAGAACUGGUGAAAGAAAAAGAAGAUAUUGAUACAUCCAUUCCAGAUGCUUUGAAGUUUUCAGCAGAAAAUGAUUCUAAUAAGGAUUCAGCUAAUCAAUGUGAUCCCAAGGAUUUGAUGACAACAGGGGAAGACUGCACUGAUACUAUUGCGAAUGAUGUCUCCAAAGAGAUGUUUUUGCCUGGAGGGAAGCUUCCAAUUGUAGAUAUGGGCACAUAUACUUCCCACUACAAGUCUUCAAACAAUGAUGAAGUUGAACAACAGCCCUUCCAGGUUUCUGGUGAAGAAGCAAUCUUGGAAAACCAUGUUUUGAUUUCUGCUGCAGAAGAAUCAAACAAUAGUAGCGAGGAUUCAAUAUUGGCAAACUCAACUUUGGUUUCUGCCAGUGAAGAAUCAAACAAUAGCAGGGGGGGUUCAGUGUUGGCAAGCACAACUUUGGUUUCUGCAGUGGAAGAACUAAACAAUAGCAGUGGGGAUCAAAUGUUGGCAAGCCCUGAUUUGGUCUCUUCAGCAGAAGAAUCAAACAAUGACAAUGGGGAUGCAAUGUCAUCAAGCCCUACUAAGGUUUCUGCAGUGGAAGAAACAAACGGUAGCGGUAUCUCCAAUGAGUUAUAUUACAAUAGUAAGGUUGAAAAUGGCAGCAUCACUUUUGAUUUUGACUCUAUAGCACCUGCAGUCAGUGGAAGAAAGUUGAGUCUUGAAAAUGGUGACAGUGGUCUUGAAACAAAAAAGAUGUCAGAGCUUGAAAAUGGAAUUUCUGAUACCCAGACAGUUUCAAGGCAACUUCAACAUAGUCAGGGAGAGGUAAGUUUUUCCGCGGCCAGUCAGGGAGAGGAAAGUUUCUCUGCAGUAGGUACUUUAUCAAGUCUUAUAAACUUCUCUGGGCCAGUCACUUAUUCUGGCAGCGUCUCUCUUCGAUCAGAUAGCAGCACAACCAGCACUCGUUCCUUUGCCUUUCCUGUAUUACAGUCCGAAUGGAAUAGUAGUCCGGUUAGAAUGGCAAAAGCUGACCGGAGGCGCUUCCGAAAGCAUAGAGGUUGGAGGCAGGGCCUUCUUUGCUGUAGAUUCUAAAUGCUUCUUCUCUAUCCAUAGGUCUAGAAUCUAAUUUUAUACAUCAUUCAAAAUUUACCCUUCUCUAAUUUUAUAAAUAUAUACAUCCUCUUUUCUGGCGUGGUGUGUAUUGUGCAGUAGGUUCUUAGUGUCAUGCAUUGAGUUUGGCCCCAUGCAUGCCAGCUGAGAUGUAAGCAAUGUCCUAUAUUUUUUCAUUAUCUGAAUCUAAUUUUUCUAUGA